AAAAUAUAAAAGUAAAAGAAAAAUAGAGAUUCAUAUUUCAUUGAGACCUUAAACCCUAAACUAAAACUGCGCAUCACACAGAGCUUCGCUCGUUCAGCUUUCUCUGCCGUGUCACUGCUUCCCUAGGUUAAAUGGAAAUUCCUUCAGUAAAUGAUGUUACAAGGAUCGAGGAUGAGACUGCAGAUCUGAGUGAAGAAAUGUCAUCAUCGGAAUCAGAACAGGAAGAAGAUGUGAGAUUAACUGAGCCAUCUAAAAAUGCAGUAUAUAACCGAGAUGCUCUACUAGAUAAACUUGGAGACAUCAGCUGGCCAGAGAAUGUGGACUGGAUACACAAACUCUCUGUUGAUAUUGAUCAAGAGCAAGAAGUAGAUGUCAAUGAUGACUUGGCACGGGAACUUGCUUUCUACACACAGGCAUUAGAGGGAACUAGGCAGGCCUUUGAGAAACUUCAGUCAAUGGGUCUCCCUUUUCUAAGACCUGCAGACUAUUAUGCAGAGAUGGUAAAGACAGAUGGCCACAUGGAAAAGGUGAAAGGUCGCUUAUUAGCAGAGAAGCGAAAGAUGGAAGAGGCUGAAGAGAGAAGAAAGGCCAGGGAGGCCAAGAGAUUGUCCAAAGAGAUUCAGGCUCAGAAAUUGAAAGAACGGGCUAAGAAGAAAAAGGAUGACAUUGAAUCUGUUAAGAAAUGGAGGAAGCAGAGGCAACAAAGUGGUUUUGCUGACAAUGGCAAUGAUGCAGAUAUGGAUUUCAACUUUGAGGACGGAAAGGUUUUCGAGAGGUCAAAUAAGAAAAGGCCUGGAGUGUCUCCAUGGGAUCGAUCAGGAGGGAAGGCAAAGCAAGCAUUUGGUAAAGGAAAGAAACAGAAGAAGAGAGAUGGUAGGGAUUCCAAAUUUGGUUUUGGAGGCAAGAAGGGAAUGAAAAAGCAGAAUACUGCCGACACCACCAAUGAUUUUAGUAAAUUCAAUAAGGGUGCUGCUGCAGGAAAUAAGAAGAGAAAGAGGUAAAAUGCAAUCUUCUUUGCUUUGUUUUGAGGAAGUGAUGUCGUGAAUGAGUCAAUGGCCGUAUCUUAGGAAUUUUCAUCUACUCUUUUAAUGUUAUUUUUUGGAUGGUUUUAUGGUAAGCAUUAUCGACAAUUAUAAAUUCUUAAAUAUGUACCCCAAUCUUUGACGUUUUGCUAAAUGAUUAGUUGCUUUAUGUAGCCCAUUGCUAUGAGGUAUACGGUGUAGUUUUAUUUUGAGUAAAGCAGUUUAGCGUAGA